AUGCAUCCCAGGUUUUUUUUCAAGAAUGGCAUGAUAACUGUAUCUGUCGGCGCUGCAUCUGAUAAUCCGUCAGAUUCUGGUAACUGCUCAAAAACUUACCAUCAUUUCUCAAAUACCAUUGCCUCACCGAACUUCCCGGAUAAAUAUCCCGUUUUGUCUAAUUGUUGCUGGAAGAUUAUACUAAACAACACGCAAUCGAUCUUUUUUCGGUUUUUGGCUUUCAAUGUUGAAUAUCGUCUUCGAUGCGCCUUUGAUUAUGUCAUGAUAUCACCAGGUAGUACUGCAAAUAAAACCUGUGAUGACAUCGCGGCAACAUCUAGCAGUUCAGCGAUGUGCGGAAACAAUAUACCACCUCCGGUACAAAUCAAUAGUAAUAUCGUCUACAUCAACUUUCAUAGUGAUUCUGUCAAUGGAGAUAAUACUGGCUUUCAGUUAAAAUAUGAAGGAGCAUUUGGGCCAGAUACAACUAAACUUUAUGCAAUUGGAGUGCCAAAUCAAGUUGGAAAUACUUAUCAAGUAGUCGAGGGUAAAACUUUUAGUCUAGUAUGUCACUUUCAAGUUGCAGUUGAAGGAAUUGAUUUCCAAUGGUAUCAUCGCAAGAAUAAUUCUUCAUCAGUUUCAAUUAUGAACACACAAUCGGAUAUUUCAAUCUAUUCAAAUAGUACAACUUCUAUAAUAACUAUUCCCAGUAUGCGGUCUGUUGACUCUGGAAUUUAUACCUGUAAUGCAUCAACAGCAUUACAAUCGAUCAAGCUUAGCGCCAAUUUGAAUUUUACACCACAGCCAACCACUAAACCCCUAUCAACAGCUCCGAGUAUGGUUCCUACAUCGUCUGUUGCGACUCAAUUUACCGUAGAAUCACUCUCUUGUCCAACAGAAGUGAAAGAGAAAAUUUUGUGGCCUGCCACUACAGUGGGGAAAAUUGCCAAAAUAAAAUGUAUUCCACCAUCUGAAGGUCUCGCUUUCCGUCAAUGCUUACCGUUAUCUAAUGGCGCUGCAACAUGGGACAUUGUUGAUACAACUCGAUGCACGACUUUAGUAUUUGUGGAACUUAAUGCUAAGGCAAAUACAUCGUUAGGUGAUGAACAAGAAAAGUCACAAAUACUACAAGAGCUAUCGCAAAUUACUGUCGCUAACAAUUCGCAGCCGAUCCAAGCUGGUGAUAUGAUCAUUACUAAUAAUAUCUUGGGUAAAAUUGCUAGAGAAUCGACUAUCGUGACAGAUAUAGACCAACUUGAGAAACAACCUGGUGCAGCAGAAACCAUUCAGAAUCUAGAUUUAUUUGCUGGCAAAUACGACUUGAGAGACACAUAUGAAUUAACUCUGACCCUACCCAACCUUGUCAUGACGUUAUUAGAUGUACCGCCUGAAGACAAACGACCAAUUACUUUUCCAGCUAAUGUAACGGAUACAUCAGUACCUUGGUGGAACGGAAACAAAAUCACAUUACCUGCGGCUUUAUUUUCAGAUCGUGAAAGUCUUUCCAGAGUCACCAACUUCAUCUAUAAGUCAUUAAAUGAAUUCUUACCUUAUUCAACUGAUGACGAAACCGGUGACAUUAACAAUGACCCUAGUGUCAUAAACUCUCAAGUAAUUUCAAGUACUAUUCAGAAUAGAACCGUAACUGGGUCAGAUCAACCGGUGGAAAUAGUUUUGAGGCACCUUAAGGAUAAAAAUACAGCGAAUACAACGCAUGAGUGUGUAUUUUGGAAUUUUGAUAACAGUUAUAUAGCUGGUGGUGACUGGUCAAACUAUGGUUGCCGGAAGAAUUUCUCUAACGCUACUGUAACAGUCUGCCAUUGCGAUCAUUUAACGCAUUUUGCGGUAUUGGUCCAAGUCAGAAAUGCUACGAUUAGUCCACCAGUAUUGCUAUCACUACAAAUCAUUACCUAUGUGGGCUGUGGAAUUUCUAUCUUAUGCCUCUUAAUAACUUUGAUUCUGUAUAUCAUCUUAUGGAAAUAUUUUGAAGGGAGAGUGGUUAUUUUUAUUCACUUUAACCUCAUGUUGUGCUUACUCAUGUCCAAUAUACUAAUAGUCUCCAGCCUUGGUUUAACAAAAUAUAAAUUAAUAUGUACGAUGACAACAGCGACGCUCCAUUUUGCAUUGAUAGCAUCCUUUAUGUGGAUGCUUGUCGAAGGUUUACAUGCUUACAUUAAAAUAGUUAGGGUAUUUAGCUCUGGCAUUAAACUUUGGCUAUAUUUUAUAAUUGCUUAUGGAUCCGCUCUCGCUGUCGUAGGAGCUACUAUUGGAAUAGCUAUCUUAGCUGCAGGUUUACCAGCUUACGUUGGUACUUUCGGGUGCUGGCUAUCUAUCGAUCCACCAAUUAUUUUAGGUUUCCUUGUUCCGAUUGGAGUGAUUAUUAUGAUCAAUAUCAUUUUCUUGAUAUUGGUAUUGAAAGAACAUAUUACGACCGUUAGUAAAGCUCCUAGAAAAUCAGACGAUAAACAAGUCAAGUUAACGAAAUUGGUUAUUAAAGACCUAUUGAUUUUAUUGCCGUUACUUGGCUCUGGAUGGGUAUUGGCAUGUCUAGUCUUUAUAACUAACAAUGUUAUAAUGCAAUAUCCAUUUGCAAUAGUGAACUCUUUACAGGGAUUCUUUAUAUUUAUAUUCCACUGCGUAAGAAGUGAAAAGGUAAAGAAAGCAUGGACUACCAGGAAAGUUAAGCGAAUGAGAAUAAAAACUGAUAUUGCAAGAAAGCAUCAAGGGCUUAGCACGCCUCAAAUGACCCCUAAAUCGACAACCAAAUCAUCAUCAGUAGCAGCUUCUGAAGCUCGGAAAUCGCAUCUUCAUGGAACAAAGUUUGUGCUUGAGAUUGAAGAUGCGGAUGAUGAUUCCUUGCACAGUAAUCCUCAAGUUGAGCUAUCUAAAGAAACUACUAAUCGGUACCUAACCACAGCUCCAGCCACUAAAAAUAAGAGAUUGGGCAGUACCGAAAGCCUUGACCAAAAUUCUAAUGACCAUUUGUCUAUUUCUCAAUCACCUUUUCAUCGGUCAGAAACUAGUUUAAGCCAACGAUCACGAAAUUCUAUUAAAAGUGUCAAUUCACCAAAUGACGAUGAAAAUGAAGACACUGACAGAUUGAGUCAGUCUAACAGUCAUCAAUCGCGACUUUCUAUUAAAAGUACGCAUUCGGAUGAUAGCGAUAGAUUGAAUCGAUCCAAUAGUCAAAGCAGCUAUAAAGCCAAGAAUAUUGAUAUCGAUCCAACUAAUAACGCGAAUGAUGAUGAAACUCCAGUUAUUAUUAGAAAUCAAAUGCUAACUUUAGACAAAAAUACCAAAGAUGGCCAACAAGCUAACACCAAUAAUACCUAUUCAAUAGAAGUAACCAAUUUAAAUCCUGAUAUCAGUCGUCAAGAUCUAGAAGAUUACUUUCAAGCUUUCGGUGCAGUCAUAUCAGUAGGUCAAAUUAAUCGUAAAACAAAUAAUUUGGAUGGUAGGGCUAGAUUAUUUACUACUGUUGUCCUUAAGCUUAGCGAUACUAUUGAAGCGUUAUUAGAGCACAACCAUAUCAUUAAUGAUUGCGUAAUAGCAAUCCACCAUCAUAGCAAGCCCAGUUCAGCUACUGAUCAAUAUAGAGUUAUUGUAACUGGUCUGAAUAAAUCCAUUUCCCGUGAAAUGCUUCAAGCUAAAUUCUCGGAAUAUGGCGAAAUCAGUAAUAUUGAAUUUGAUAAUAUCUAUUUUCCAACAAGUUGUUGUAUUACCUUUAAUGAUUUAAAUUCUUAUGAGCACGCUAUUAGCAAGAGACAUAGCCAUAUUGAUGGGCGUCAUCGAAUAUCUAUUAUGGCUUCAACAAGCGUUAAUAGAUUUUUCUAA